AUUCGAUCAAGUGAUGCGUUGAGGUUGGUCAUAUUAUUCCGUAUUCGCCGACAGUUGCAACACGAGUACACGACGUUUUAUUUCACUAAAUUCUCGUAAGAUUCACCUGUAAAGAGGUUUGUAAUUGUAACAUCAUGAAUUUCCUACGCCCAGUCACUCGUAACUCUCGUGCCGUCUCACUAAUUGCGUCACAAGUCAGAACCAUGUCUGGUGGUAUUGGAAGCGGUGCCGGCAAGGGAGGCGGCGCAGGCGGUGCUAUCCGUGAAGCUGGGGGUGCUUUUGGGGAGCAGGCAGCUGCAAGAGAAGAUCAGUACUUCCACAAUAAGCAAGUGGAGCAGAUGAAGAAAUUGAAGGAGGACCUCACCGAUGAGAUUAGUUUCCAUGAGGAGCAGAUCAAAAGACACCAGGAUGCGAUCAAACGUCAUCAGCAACGUGUGGAUUCAAUGGAAAAGCAGUAAUUUGUCACUUGUAAUAACAAGUUUGUUUUUGUGCUUAUAGGCAAAGAGGAAAGAAGUAAAACGUAAAAAUUCGGUAUUAAAGGAUGUUCAUGUUGAGGAAGAUGGGGGAAGAUAAGAGUUAGAUUUGUAGUACAUUUGUAUGGCGCCUCUAUUGUGUUUUAUGUUUGUCAGUCACAUUUUCAAUAUAUAAAUAUACACAAA